CACAAACCGGAAGUGAACGCUAAACUCGCAACCGAGUGGCUCAUCACUUCCAAUGAGGCGAUCUCUUGUCAUUUUGCAAGCGGUCGAAUCCAUAAUCGCCGUCCUCGAAUCACGGUGCCUCUGUUAAACUUUAACUCAAAAUAAGGUCACACUUAUAAAGUUCACGUUUAGCCCGCAGCAUCCUAACGAGAGCUAGAGGAGAGGAGAGUUGAAGUGUUGUUUGUACGGAUCAGUCAAAGGAAUGAAGACAGACUGGAAAUAAACCAAAAAAACUGCUGAUGGAGCCAGAAGAAGAAGAAGCGGCGGCAAUCCAGGUGGAUGAUUCAGACAGGCUGCUGAGGUACAAGAUUGAGCGGCCCGUCUACGACGAGGCCCACCUCAGGUCACGGCUCCUCCACCGCAAAAAGAAAACCACCACCGCCCGGCAGAAGCUUGCACUGUAUUUCCAGUGUUCUUCUCAGCGGGCAAAGGCAGCAGUUCUCGGCUUCCUGCCUAUUCUCGUAUGGCUGCCAAACUACCCUGUCAGGGAAUACCUGUUUCACGAUGUGGUCUCAGGACUUAGCACAGGAGUUGUGCAGCUCCCUCAAGGUCUUGCCUAUGCAAUGCUGGCUGCUGUGCCUCCAGUUUAUGGUCUGUACUCAUCGUUCUACCCUGUUCUGCUCUACACUUUCUUUGGCACAUCAAGACACAUAUCCAUAGGCACCUUUGCAGUAAUAAGCCUAAUGAUUGGAAGUGUUGCGGUCAGGGAGGUUCCCGACUCUCACAGGCCAGCCGUCAAUGGGACAAACGAUUCCGCCAUCUUCAGUGUGGCGGAUCGUGACGCCAGGAGGGUUCAGGUGGCUGUGGUGCUCUCAACCCUGGUGGGAAUCAUUCAGAUUCUUUUAGGUCUUCUCAGGUUUGGCUUUGUGGCAAUUUACCUCACAGAGCCCCUGGUGCGAGGCUUCACGACAGCGGCCGCCGUGCACGUAGUGGUGUCUCAGUUAAAAUACUUGCUGGGAGUGAAAACAAAGCGUUUCAGUGGACCCCUCUCUGUUAUAUUUAGCAUUAAGGCGGUACUUAGUGACAUUACCAGCACUAACGUCGCCACGCUCAUCCUGGGCCUCGUGUGUCUCGUCUUUCUGUAUGUGAUCAAAGACCUCAACGAGCGCUUCAAAAAAAAGCUACCCAUCCCUAUUCCUGGGGAGAUUAUUGUGGUAAUCGGGUCAACCGGCGUCUCUUAUGGGAUGACGUUGGCAGGUCGAUAUAAGGUUGAUGUGGUUGGGAAGAUACCGACUGGGCUUCUCCCACCGGUCGCCCCAGACUUCUCUCUGUUCUCCAAUUUGGCCACCGACUCCUUCGCUAUUGCGAUUGUCGGCUACUCCAUGGGAAUCUCGCUGGCCAAAAUCUUUGCCCUGAAGCAUAACUACACUGUGGACAGUAAUCAGGAGUUGAUGGCCUUUGGCCUGUGUAACUUCAUCAGCUCUUUCUUCCAAACAUUCACCAUCACUUGCUCCAUGUCAAGGAGCCUGGUGCAGGAGAGCACAGGGGGCAAAACACAGAUUGCAGGCCUGCUAGGGUCUCUCUUGGUGCUACUGGUGAUCGUCGCCAUUGGUUUUGUCUUUGAGCCGCUCCCACAGACCGCAUUGGCAGCCAUCAUCAUGGUCAACCUCCUGGGGAUGUUCAAACAGUUCCGAGACAUCCCAGCUCUGUGGAGAACCAGCAAGAUUGAACUGGCCAUCUGGCUGGUGACCUUUGUGGCAUCUGUGCUAUUGGGCUUGGAUUAUGGCCUUCUUUCGGCCAUUGCAUUUGCUUUACUGACAGUCAUCUAUAGAACACAGAGCCCGAAAAAUGCUGUCCUCGGGCAGGUUCCCAGCACGGGACUGUACUAUGAUGUGGACAAAUAUGAAGAGGUGGUGGAAUGCGAGAGGAUUAAGAUUUUCCACUCCAACUCGUCAAUCUACUUUGCCAACAGUGACCUUUAUGUGAGCGCUCUCAAAGAGAAGACCGGUGUAAACCCAGAAUGCAUACAAGCUGCCAGAAAAGCUCAGAAAAAACAAAAGGCCAAGAGCUGUCUGACGUGUUUGUCAAAGACACACACUGAGGACAAGGAACGAGGUAUGACGCACGAGGUUUUGUCCUUUAACAAAACAAUGGGAGAGCAGACAAAUGGCCGUCUAGGAGAAGGUCUUAGAGAGGCAGAGUCCGAGGAGGUUGCCUUCCUUCAGUCUUUCAGCUCCGUCCACUCCAUCAUCCUGGACUGGACCCACACUGGCUUUAUUGACUCUGUGGGAGCCAAAGCCAUCAAACAGGUCGUUCAGGAGUAUGCAGCAGUAGAUGUUCGAGUUGUCAUAGCUGGAUGCAACAGAAGCCUGCUGUCUGAGCUGGACCAGUUGGAGUUCUUCACUGGAGUUACAAGCCCCGAGAUGGUGUUCCCCACCCUUCAUGACGCCGUGUUGCACUGUCAACAUUCCCCACCCAAUAUCACAGGCGGAUACAACUGUGAAGAUCAUUCAAAUUGAAUAUGGCGCUGUUGUUCUUUGCACUCAAGGGCUUGUUAAAAUGCCCAGGAUUUGAACAAAUCCAUCCUUAAGACAAAUGUCCUUAUUGUUACACUGCAAUGUUGCAUUGUGCUGGAUAUGUGUGUGUGCUGUGUAAUGUGUUAAAACAGCUGCAAACAUGGUCAAAGAUUUGUUGUUUCGUAAAUGCAUCUCUAGUAAAUGUCUAUUUUCAAGAACA